AUGGUUCACUUCUUGCACGCGAGUCAGGCGCCCCGUGUGAUCAUCCCCCCCGACGCCGAGAAGGAUGCGCUGGGCUUCAGCGUGGUGCAGGAGGAGGCAUCUCCAUAUUCAUUGGUCAGCAUUUGCCUGAACACUCUGAUAGUGAACCUGGAGAAAUUAUGUUCUGAAAGACCUGAUGGAACUCUGUGUCUUCCGGAGAAUUGGAGUUUCCCUCCGGAAAUAGCUGAUCGAUUCCUUGGGAUGAUGUCAUGGCAAGGAAAGCUGACUGACAGAACAGCAAGUGUUUUCCAAGGUGACCAAAUAAAGCUGAAGCUAGUCAAUAUUCAGAAAGCCAGAAUUUCUGCAGCCACCUUCUCCAAGACCUUCUGCCACCACAAGCUCCUGGAACUGAAUGCCACUGCUGUGCACAGCGACCUCCCUGCCCCAGACAUCGUCCGCGGGCUCUGCAGCAGCAGUUGGGCGCAGAGGAACCUGCGGGGUCUCGCGCUAGACUCUGCCAGUGUCCCCCGAGAGUCAGGGCUGCUGCUCUUCGGCCAGCUCACUGGGCUCCGCGUUCUCAGUGUCUUCAACAUGUGUUUUCAUAGUGAAGACCUGGCUUGUGUGUCCCAGCUCCCCAGACUGGAGAGCCUCGAUAUCUCCAAUACGCUGGUCACCAACAUCUCCGCACUCCUGGCCUGCAAGGACCGCCUCAAGUCGCUCACGAUGCACUACCUCAAGUGCCUGACCAUGACGAAGGCGCAGGUCCUCGCCGUCCUCAGGGAACUGAAAGGUCUGCUCCAUCUUGAUAUUUCUGACCACAGGCAACUGCGGUCCGACCUGGCUUACCUCUUGCUGCAGCAGAAGAAUAUUCUUCCUAAUAUUGUGUCCUUGGAUAUUUCGGGGGGCAGCUACAUCACCGAUAGAGCUGUGGAACAGUUUAUCCGGCAGCGGCCUGCGAUGCGUUUUGUGGGACUCUUGGCCACAGAUGCCGGCUAUUCUGACUUCUACGCUACCAAGCCAGGCCUGAGGGUUGCUGGGGGAACCAAUGUGAAUCAGAUUUCCGAAGCCCUGAGCCAGUAUAGGAAUAGGUCAUGUUUCGUUAAGGAGGCCCUCUACAAGCUCUUCACAGAGACAUUUGCAACACAAGUCACUAUGCCUGCUGUUUUAAAGCUCGUGGCCGUAGGCAUGAGGAACCACCCAAUGGAUUUGACAGUGCAGUUCACUGCCAGUGCUUGCGCUCUCAACCUCACCCGCCAGGGCCUGUCUCGGGGCAUGCCUGUUCGUCUUUUGACAGAAACCAUUUCUCUGCUUUUGAAGGCUCUGAAAAAUUUCCCCCAUUACCAGCAGCUGCAGAAGAAUUGUCUUCUCUCCUUAACCAAUUCCACGAUUCUUGUGGAUGUUCCAUUUGACAGGUUAGAUGCUGCCAAAUUUGUUAUGAAAUGGCUCUGUAAAAGUGAAAACCCCAAGAUGCAAACAAUGGCAGUGAGCAUCAUCUCCGUUAUUGCUCUGCAGCUCUCACCUGUGCAAAUCUCAGAACUUAAAGAAGAGCUUUUCUUGACAGUCAGGGAACUUCUAUCAAUAGUAAGACAAAAAAACACUGCAAAUGUAGAUGAUAUCACCUUCCUGUUUACUUUGAAAGCACUUUGGAAUCUUACAGAUGAGUCUCCCAUCGCCUGCAAGAGCUUUAUUGAAAAUCAGGGGUUACCCAUCUUCAUCCGACUCUUGGAGACUUUUUCAGAAUUAUCAGUGCGAAGCAAAGUUCUUGGUCUUUUGAACAAUGUAGCUGAGGUCACAGAGCUCGCUCCCAAGAUGGUGAGGCAUGAGGAGUUGGUGCCCCUGGUCAGCAGUUUCCUGCACAGCAAAGAGUUGGAGGUCAGCUAUUUUGCUGCGGGCAUCAUCGCCCACCUGACAUCUGAGAAGUCAUCCUGGGACGCUCAGGACCUUCAAAGACUCAAUCUGCUCCAGGAUCUGUAUGCAACUGUCCAGAAUUGGCCAAGUGCACGUUGUAAGAUGACAGCUUUGGUGACAUACAGAUCCUUCAAGGUGUUUUUCCCACUGCUUCGCAGCUUCUGUCAGCCAGAGGUUCAGCUCUGGGCACUCUGGGCUAUGUAUCAUGUCAGCAUUAAAAACCCCAGCAAAUAUAGCAAAAUCUUGGUCGAAGAAGGAGGAUUGCAGCUUUUAUGGGAAAUCCGGAAGCACCACGAGGCGCACCCGCAGGCGCAGCAGAUGGCAGCCUCCAUCUUAGAAGACCUCCGAAUGCAUUUCAUGAAUUUCCAGAGAGCCCCCCUCCAUUGA